AGUACUACCCCAGACUGCUUCAAACUUGACCCUGAGGGAAAUGAAGGCAGUGUCGCUCCCGCCUCGACAGACACUUUUCAGGCGAGGAGACUCACGACUCACGUGUUGGAGUUAAAAAUGCAGCUGAACGACCGGACGCGGUUCACGAGUCUGACAGCGGUUUUCGUCGAGCAUUAGUGUUUGAGUCACAGAAGAAGAAGCGACAUGAAGAAACACCUGAGUCCCUCCAAACAGCAGCAGCAGCAGCAGCAGCAGGCGCCGGCAGAUGUUCCGGCGGCUCUCGGCGGUGAGGUUACCGUGCAGCAACUCAACGAGCUGCUGUCCAACGGCAGCGGCUUCUACAGUUUACCCACACAGCACUUCAACGAGGUCUAUCCCAGAAUAUACAUCGGCAACGCGUUUGUUGCCCAGAAUGCGAUGCGUCUGCAGAAGCUCGGAGUGACGCACGUCCUCAACGUGGCGGAGGGAACCUCUUUCAUGCACGUCAACACCAGUGUGGAGUUCUACGCCGGCACGGGCAUCACGUACCAUGGCAUCCAGGCCAACGACACAGAGCAGUUCCACCUCAGUGCCUUCUUUGAGGAAGGGGCUGAUUUUAUUGACAAGGCCCUAGCACACAACAAUGGAAAAGGGAAGGUGUAUGUACAUUGCAGAGAAGGCUACAGCCGCUCUCCCACCAUGGUUAUUGCUUACCUCAUGCUACGCCACAAAAUGGAUGCCCGGCUGGCGGUGGCCACUGUGAGGCAUAAGCGGGAGAUUGGCCCCAACGACGGCUUCCUUCGCCAACUGUGCCAACUGAACGAGAAGCUGGCGAAGGAGGGCAAGUUGAAUGUUUAAAGGCUUCCAUGGUAACGCUGACCUAUUCAUGACGAACGGCAAGAAUGCAGGUGGCAGCAUAAGAUGCAUAUGGGUUACCCUGCAUAUGACCUUACUGCGUGCAAGUCAUCACGUCCCCAAGGACACACUCAUGCUGUCAUACUGUGCUUCAUAACAUUUUCUCGUCACAUGUUCUGGGGUUUUCAUUGGAGGGAAUUGCAGCAACCCUUUCCAUUCCAUUACUGUGUUUGCAAUACACAGAACAAGUCUCCACAUUUACAGCCUGCAGCAUUUCCAUUGGGGGGAGCUGUUCAGUCAUUUUUUUACAUUUGUUGACAUGUGGCGACCUGCACCACCUACGGGCUAAAAACUUUAAUCUGUGAUGCAUGGAUGACAUAAUUACCCUUCAACAGAAAAACAAGUUAGCAUUAAGGAGUCCAUCUGAUAUGUAAUGUAAGUCCACUCUCACAGACGGGUUGUUCCCGUCGCUGUCAUAGUAUCAUCUCACACACUUGCAAAAUGUUUUCCAAACUGUUAAGUUACAAACACUCAACUCAAACACUUUCAACACAUCCUUUUUCUCUCUGUCUCUCUCUCUCGUGGGGUUCCUGAAAUGUCUGGCAUUUCAGUCAGUUGCUGUAGUUUAAGUUUGAGUUUGAGACCAUUAACUUGGCGCAUGUGUCUCACUGUGUUUUCUCAUCACCUCAUCAUGAACCCCAAACCACAUAACUAUGAAAUUGGCUGUCUGAAAUAGAAUAUAUAACAGAGAAUAUAUAAUAUACAGACACAGAACCUCUUGUCCACUUAUAAAUACAUUAUACAGCAGGAUUGUGCAACAGGUAUUUAUACAUUUGAAUACUUCGAUUUGCUCUAUGAUACUGCCGUUGUUCUGAAUACACAAAAACGUAGUACUGUGCACCAUUAGGUGACCAUACAUUAUAAUUGUUUCUUAAUCACUUUAUUGGAACACAACAAUACGGGAAAAAUGUAUGUAGUUUUAAAAUAACAGACUCUUGAGCAACCCUAAUUUACUGUUAAAACUAGGUGAAACCCACUGUUUGUCCCACUGCUGUGAAAAAGGUCUAUGACACCAGGUUUAUUCAAGCAUUACAUACAGAUGUUGCAUGAGUUAGACCCCUCAACAGCUUGCUAAUCUAAAUGACCACCUUUCACUCGUUUGUGCAUUCAUUCAUCGUUUUUAUUCACUUGUUUGCAAACCCAUACCCAGCUGACACAGGAUGAAAGGCAGGGUGCAUCCUGGACAGGUCACCAGUCCAUCGCGGGGCAAACACACAGACACAGACAACCAUUCACUCUCACACUCACACAGAUUAGAGUGUCAGAUUAACUGCAUGUUUUUGGACUGUAGGAGGAAACCGUGGAAACCGGAGAAAACCUACACACACGCGCAAACUCCAUGCAGAAAGGCCCUUGGUCGGACCAGGUCGUUCCAUUCCAAAUUCUAAUGAUUUUACAGACAACAAACACAUCUGGUGGACUGUAGCACAGUACUGUAACUUCAGAGUUUGGUACUUUUUGCUUAGUUUUACGUACACUUUAUAAUAAAAGUCUUCACAUCGGUCCAGGAUGAGGGCGUGUUCUUCUUCAUAGCAUCAACUGCCUGCACCAACCUGCUUAUUGAUUCAGUCAUUGACAGUUUUGGCUCCAGAUGGGUGAGACUUGGAAGCCAAAUAAGCCAAGGUAGAAGUUUUCUAUCAAGUGACAAAAUCGUAAAAAAUAAAAUGCCUUUUUGGGGCCAAAAACAUAGAUGCAACCAAAAGCUGUGUGUUGAAAUAGAAUGCUUCUAUGAUGGCUACACCAGUGGUUAAACACUCUUUAUGCAUUGAGUAACAGAUAAACACUGCCACCUGCUGUCCAACAAAUCAAGUGGUCUGCACAAGUUUGGUUUUUAAAUUGCCAUUACGUGGAUUAUAACUCAUGACAUUUGAAAUUGUUACAGUUCAACCCUGUUUUCUGAUACUAAAAUGCCAGUUUUUCUUCGUCUUAAAUGUGAAAUUGUAAUGUCCGUGUGUAAAGCAAAUGACUUUGUUUUGUUUACCAAGGUACCAGCAACAUUUUGUGGGAUAUACUCCAGGUUAAGUACAGUAUGUAUGUAUAAUCAAGAAUGUUCAAAUGUGAAAUGCCAUUGAUGUAUAUUGUUAUAUAUACUGUGUAUCUAACACGCACUAAAGCAAUUGUUGAUUGCUGCAUUUUGCUGUCAUAACUUGCCUAUUACAGUAUACAGAUAGUGUGUUUAUUAGAGAGUUGAAUUGUUUGGGGGUAAUUUAUUAAUUUUUCUUGAAAUGUGUCCUGUUGCAGGGGCAGAACGUGAUUACAGGUUUGAUUUCUAAUAUAUUCCCUCUGCUUAUAACAAAGGCUAUCUUUUGUACAUUUGGAACCUCUGAUAAUGUUCACAAACAUGUGAUUGUGACCUACUUCUCCAGCUAACUUUGUCAUCAUUCAUGUUGUUUUAGGGCGCUUCAACUCUAAUAGUAGCCAGUCCUGGGCCGGACUGUGAUUGCACUUCACUCACAGUGGUUGUUAAAAGCCAUGUGAAGACGCAGAAGAGAGAAGAGGAUUAAAUUCACUCAGAUUGAGCCAGGUAGUUGGUUGUUUUUUUUUCUUAUCAGAGAAAAGUACAUUAAAUUGACUUGCAAAUCAUUUCCUGCGAUUUUGUUCAAAUUUGCAGUCCCGUGUGGCAUAACUCGGCCAUCUGCGCUGAGGUAGGCAAAAUCCUGAGACGUUUAAACCCCUCUGACAGUUGAUAUCUUACAUCAUCGAAAACCCAUCUGGCUGAACUUAUCUGAAUUGUCCGUGAUGCAAAGAGGUCCAUCCAGCUGGUGCUCCUAAGAGCUUUCAAACAAAUAGCAGAAAUUACUUUGAAAUCAAGUCCCGGCCCAGGUAAAGUACUGACUCCAGAACUGUCAUUGUUUACUUGCUGCCAUUCUGAUAAACGGCUUAAAACAGGAGUUUUAGCACAAAUGAGCUCACUGCCUGACUCCUGCCGCUGGAGUCCAUCACACGUCUUAUGACACGGUUGCGUUUCUGUUAACAUUGUUGCAAGUAUAUCCAUAUAUAUAUGUGUGUGUAUGUAUGCAUUUGCCAUUGCAACUGUCAUCUCAGUGAACACAUCUUGACAGUAAAGACACAGCACCCCACCCAAAGCCUUACAGUAAAGAUCGAUUGUUUAGAUGUGUUUUUCGUGUAUUUCACUUCACACGGCAGGAAGGGGCGGCUCCCUUGCAGAACGAGACAUUGUUGAAGUGCACUUGAUUUUAAAUUGCAAUGUUAUUUUUCUUACCUUGGAGAAGUCUCUUCUUUUUUAUGUUUAAGAAAUAAAUGGCUGAGGUAUUAA